AUGCGGCGCGGCGCCACAGGACACUGGGCAGGAGAUGCUGCUUGCAAGUUCCCUUCGGCUGGAAGCAAGCCGCAGGCAUCCCAACCUAGGGCUGCGAUGAUGGCCUACAUGUCUGACUCGUCAUCCGAUGAUGGUGACUGUGUGAUCCUGACCCAUGGACACAGCAGUACACCGACGGCCAUGAUGGGUUAUUCGGUUGCAAGAGGUAGACCCAAGGGCGCCCCAAAACCAACCGCCAAGCCAUCAGUUCCAGUGCCGUUGCUCGUGGCCGAAAGAGUUGAGAACACAGACCCCCAAACAUUGCAAGUGGUUACCAAUCUGACUGGGGAUGGUGCCGGUGAUCGCAUGUCAAGUGCUGAAAUCCAAGCCGUGUUGGCCGUAUUCACUCAGAGCUUGCUUGACUCAGGCCCGAAGUCACCAGCAAACCUUCACAAAGAGCUGGAUGACGCGAUCAUCGAGGUGAUGGCGGUGCAGGACCCGGAAGCCUACCCACCAGAUUCCGAUGACCCAGAAGAUUGGGCACAACUGGAUGAGGGGGCUGCGUUGACGUUGGCGGAGUUGACGGGACCCAGAGGUUUCACUGGCUGUGCGGGCAAACCCCGACACAGGCCUUUCCGCCCAGCGGCGUGUGUUGCAAACAUGGACCGUGGCCAUGUGGUGUUCCAAUUCAACGGAGACGUUGGGACAACCACGAAUCUUGAAGGACAACACAAUUGCGUGUCGAUUGUGACCGGUGGCGAGCUGACGAGAUUGAGCCCACGGCAGGCAGACGGCAAGGUGAUCCUGCCGAUUGACGUUCGUGAGACCCACGAUCCGGAUGGUGGAACUCACAGGCGGCAAUUCUCUUCACCUGCCGAAGCAAUAGGUGCGGUGGUCAAUGCAGGGUCUCGAGCCGGUGUGGAGCGCAUCAUCGGCCUUUGCUGGGAAGUGUUCAAGGCCCUGGGAAUCCCCGAGGACAAGAUGUAUGAGCCUUGGGAGAAUGCGGGGCCGAUUAUCCGUGGAUCUCUGGCGACGGCGAGGAUUCGUGGGGCGUACGUGAGAGAUCGCUCCGACAGUGGAGGCGGUGCAAGCGUGACGCCUGGAGGCGAUGCACUCCGUGCAAGAAGAGAUGCAGAGAGAGCCCACGGGAGAAGACAUCACGAGGAGAUUCGAGAUCACGACAUCGUGGGCGAGGACGUGAUUCAAGGAGACGGAGUGACUCACGAGCUCGUGGUCGACGAGGUGAUUCCCGGAGACGCUCGAGGUCAAGGCCAAGGGAACCAAGAGCACCAGAACGACCUCCCCGACGACCGGCGGCGCCAGAGGACCCACGUCCGAGAGCUGCAGCUGUUCCGAUGCAAGCGAGAUAUCGGUGGACGCAUUGAACGCCAUGAUCGUGAAGUCAGGAGCCCACGAUCGCAUGAUGUGGGAAGGCCCAGGCGAUCGCAAUCAGAACGAGGUCAACGUGAGAUUUCAGACAAAGGUCAGAGGAUGUACGACGACGAUGACAAAAAGGCCCUACUGGAUGAGAGCGUGGCGACGAAGACCGUGGACACCGGUUGGAAUGGUGAGAACCUUGUGGCGAUGCAGGGCACGCCAGAUCUGUGGGACAUGUUUCAAGGUGUUGACUUCUUUGUUUUCAUUAUUGGUUAUGAUUCAGAAGAUCAUCAACUUAUGCAUGGUGAAUUGUUGACAGAGGUUCAAUCGUUUUGUGAAGCAUCAGGAUCACGAUGGAUGAACGUGGAUGCAUUGGACACCACAAGAUGGGACCAGUAUGCCGAGGUUGAAGCCCCAAUCAUCUGUUCCCAGUCCAUUGGCAUGACCACCAACGAUGAUGAAGUCAUGGUGAGAAUGGCUGUUUGGUGUGAUCAAGCCAGCACGUCCCACGAUGAAGAUGACCCUGGAAUGCCUCAUGAAGAAGUGUUCACCGCGUCAUUCCAAGAGCUGAUUUUGGGAUUAGGAGAUGAAUUCCAUGUUGAUUCCAUGACGCGUGCUGCCUUCCCAGCUGCGCUGCAAGAAGAGCAGGCUGAUAGGUUUCAGGUGGAUCCCGAUGAACCACCAGGAGCCGAGUUGAACCGUGAGGCAAUGGCUGAGGAGUUGCUAGCGGAUGAGCAGCUUCUGGACACAGUUGAAGUGCCAGGAUUGCCCCAGAGGGAGGCAGAGCGUAGAGCUGCGUGGAAGAAACUCCCCCAAAGGGUUAGGAUUGCCAUCCGUCGUUUGCGUCGACAGUUUGGCCAGUGCCCCGGGAAUGUUUUGGUGAACUUGUUGAGAGCUGCUAGGGUAGAAAAGAAAUAUGUGAAUGCGUACCGGUUUGGAGCAUGCCUGGGAAUCGAUCUCCUGGAGAUCAAGGACAGCACAGGUGCUGUUUACACAUGUUUAAACAUGGUCGACAUGGGAAUCACGUUCCAGCAAUUGCAUGUGAGCCACCUCCAUUUCCUGCAGCUUGUGGUGGGGCUUUGGGUGUGGCUGCAGGUGCCCCAGGUGUGCCUGCCCAUGGUGCCUGUGCAGGCACCUGCUGGCCCAUUUGCAGCAGGACAGCUGUGUUCAUCUUCUCCACCAGGGCCUCAUAGAAGGUCAUCUCAUCCAUUCCUGCCAAGGGUCAAGAUUGAGCUAUCCAGCCCAACAAGAUUUUGA